AUGAAUAUAAUCAUAUGUUUGAUUAUAUUAUGUCAUUUAUUUAUAAAUCAAAUACAAACAGAACAAUGUGAAUUAACAUUAAAUGAUGAUAUUCAAUUGACAACAAAUAUAUUUUUUCAAUCACGACGUUUUUGUAGUUCAUAUGGUUUUCGUGCAAAAAAUACACAUCAAAUAUUUAUAUCAGGUCGUUUAGUUGAUUAUAAAAGUCAUUGUAAACGAAGUAUAAAUAAUGCAAAUAUUGAAAUAAUACAUGUACAACCAAAUUUUCGUUCAAUUUGUCAUGAACUUAAUUAUCCGAAUUCAGAUGGUUAUUUUUAUUUAUCAACUUUAGUAACAAUUCCAUUAACUGAACAACUUUUCUUACGUGUAACAUCACCUGAUUAUGAAACAAUUAUUAAAGAAAUUAUUUUACCAUCAUCACAAAAUGUUAUUCUCAAUUGGCAAAUUGUUUUAACACCAACUAUUGAACCACGACAGCAACAACAACAACAACAACAAAUGAAUUCUAUGAUUGAUUCUCUUAUAUCUCAAAUGACAUUAGAUGAAAAAAUUGGUCAAUUAAAUCUUGUUACAGUUGGUUUUGAUAUAACUGGUCCAAUUGUAAGUCAAAACGUUGAUGAAAAUAUUCGUAAUGGUCUUGUUGGUGGUGUAUUUAAUACUUAUACACCAAAAGCUGUUCGUGCAUUACAAGAACUUGCUAUGAAUAGUACACGUUUAAAAAUUCCAUUAAUUUUUGGCUAUGAUGUUAUUCAUGGACAUAAAACUAUUUUUCCAAUAUCAUUAGGUAUAAGUACAACAUGGGAUAUGGCAUUAAUAGAACAAAGUGCACGUAUUGCUGCUCAAGAAGCAACAGCUGAUGGUCUUAAUUGGGUUUUUUCACCAAUGGUUGAUAUAGCACGUGAUCCACGUUGGGGAAGAAUAUCUGAAGGUGCUGGUGAAGAUCCUUGGUUAGGUAGUCAAAUAGGUGCUGCUAUGGUACGUGGUUAUCAAGGAUCUGAUUUAGCGCGUUCGAAUACAGCUAUGGCAUGUGUUAAACAUUUUGCUUUCUAUGGUGGUGCAGAAGCAGGUCGUGAUUAUAAUACAGUUGAUAUGAGUCGUAUAACAAUGUAUCAAAAUUUUCUUCCACCUUAUCAAGCAGCUAUUAAUGCUGGUGCAGGUAGUGUAAUGACAGCAUUUAAUGAAGUUGAUAGUAUACCAGCAUCAGCUAAUCGUUGGUUAUUACAAGAUUUAUUACGUGAUCAAUGGAAAUUUAAUGGAUUUAUUGUUACAGAUUAUACAGCAAUUAAUGAAAUGAUUCAACAUGGUAUAGGUGAUCUACAAGAAGUUAGUGCUCGUGCAUUAAAUGCUGGUGUUGAUAUGGAUAUGGUUGGUGAAGGAUUUUUAACAACAUUAAAAAAAUCUUUCAAUGAAAAAAAAAUCACUGAACAUACAAUAAAUCAAGCAUGUCGUCGUAUACUUGAAGCAAAAUAUAAAUUAGGUUUAUUUGAUGAUCCCUAUCGUUAUUGUGAUGAAUCACGUAUAGAAACAGAUAUAUUUACAUAUGAAAAUCGUUUAGCAGCAAAAGAUUUAGCUCGUCGUUCAUUUGUUCUUCUUAAAACUGAUCGAAAAACAUUACCAUUAGCAAGAACAAAUUUAAAUCUUGCACUUGUUGGUCCAUUAGCUGAUGAUCAUAGAAAUUUAAUUGGUAGUUGGAGUGCUGCUGGUGAUUGGCGACAAACAAUUAGUGUUCGUGAUGGUAUUAAUAAACUUCUUGGAAAUCAAAUACAAGUUUUAUAUGCAAAAGGAUCAAAUCUUAUUGAAGAUGUAUCUUUACUUCAACAAUUAAAUGCACAUGGUGGUGAAAUUGUUUUAGAUGAACGAUCUGCUCAAGAAAUGAUUGAUGAAGCUGUAGAAAUAUCAAACAAAUCUGAUAUUAUUGUUGCUGUUAUCGGUGAAACACAAGGUAUGACAGGUGAAGCAGCAAGUCGAGCAGAUAUUAGCAUACCAGAAUGUCAAAAACGUUUACUUAAAGCAUUAUUUGAUACAGGUAAACCAGUUGUUAUUGUAUUAAUGAAUGGUCGACCAAUGACAUUAACAUGGGAAAAUGAACAUGCAGCAGCAAUUUUAGAAACAUGGUUUGCUGGUACAGAAACUGGUAAUGCUAUUGCUGAAGUACUUUUUGGUUUUUAUAAUCCAGCUGGUAAACUUACAACAACAUUUCCUCGUCAUGUUGGACAAAUUCCAUUAUAUUAUAAUCAUAAAAAUACUGGACGACCAUUUAAUGCAACUCAAGUGACUGAAAAAUAUAAAAGUCGUUAUUUAGAUGUACCUAAUGAACCAUUGUAUCCAUUUGGCCAUGGUCUUAGUUAUACAUCAUUUAAUUUUGAUCCAAUAUCUGUUGAUAAAAAUGAACUUCGUGGUGAUUCUGAUCGUUUAACUGUACGUAUUCGUAUACAUAAUACUGGUGCAUAUGCUGGUGAAGAAGUUAUUCAAUUAUAUAUAAGUGAUCCAGCAGCAAGUGUAACACGAGCUGUACGUGAAUUAAAAAAUUUUAAAAAAAUCUUUCUUCGGUCACAACAAGAAGAAGAAAUUUCAUUUAUUAUAACAACAAAUGAUUUAAAAUUUUUUAAUACUGAUCUAGAUUAUAUUUGGGAAGAAGGAGAUUUUAUUAUUCAUAUUGGUCCUGAUUCAGUUAAUACUCAAUCAACUUUACUUCCAGCGCCACGUCCGCUUUUAGCGAACGUUGGCCUGGUUACAUCUUCAUCAUCACCCAUACCAACACACAAAACAAAAACAUCUAUUAGUCGAUCACCAUCAUCAUCAUCAUCAUCAUCAACAAAUUCAUCAAAUUCAUCCUCAUCCGGUUCAACAAGAUCCCGUUCUCGAUCACCAAUUUCUCGUCGUUCACGUUCACCAACACCUGAUAAACCACCAACACCAUCAUCAUCAACACCUCCUGUUACAAUCAAUAAUUCCAAUGUAUCAUCAUCAUUAUUACAACAACAAGCAGCUGCAGCAGCUGUACUUUUUUCUAGUAGUUCACUUAGUUCAUUAUUACCUAUGUAUAGUAUGGGUCUUUUUCCAAUACCUCCCCCACCACCACCACCACCUAUUUUACCUGCAGUCAAUUUUUCACCCGAACAAAUAGCACGUGUUUGUGAAACAUUAGAAGAAAAUGGUGAUAUUGAUCGAUUGGGAAGAUUUCUUUGGUCAUUACAAGUUGCACCUGGUUCAGCAAAUCUUUUAGUACAACAUGAAAGUAUUUUACGUGCUCGAGCACUUGUAGCAUUUCAUUUGGGUAAUUAUCGUGAACUUUAUCAUUUAUUGGAAAAUCAUAAAUAUACACGUGAUUCACAUGCAAAAUUACAAGCUAUGUGGAUGGAAGCACAUUAUCAAGAAGCAGAAAAAUUACGUGGACGACCAUUAGGACCAGUUGAUAAAUAUCGUGUACGAAAGAAAUAUCCAUUACCACGUACAAUAUGGGAUGGUGAACAAAAAACUCAUUGUUUUAAAGAACGAACACGUUCUUUAUUAAGAGAAUGGUAUUUACAAGAUCCAUAUCCAAAUCCGGCCAAAAAACGUGAACUUGCACAAGCAACUGGAUUAACACCAACACAAGUAGGAAAUUGGUUUAAAAACCGACGACAACGUGAUCGUGCAGCACAAGCCAAAAAUCGACAACAAUAUGGUAUUGGUGCAGGUAGUUAUUCUCCACCAUCAUCACCUGAUUCUUCAACAACGUGA